CGCUCAGGUUAUGGGCUAAUAUGGGCGAAUAAAGCAAAUGAAAACGACAAAUGAAUGACAUCUCCCACACAUUAACGCGGUGGAGUGAUCCUGAGCUAGAAACGGUCCAAACUACUGCUCCUACCUGAGACACAUUACAAACCCCGAGAGGGUUUAAUUUAACGAAACCACGAGUAUGUAGGUAUUCUUCCGCUUUCGUCAUCUGCCUCACCGGUUUUCGCGCCACAAGGAACAAACCAGCUAAUGCUUGCUAAGCGGCUAAGUCAACCCGGGUUAUCUGGCUGUGUUUUCCAUCAGGGUUAAAGCCCAACCAACUAAUUAACCUGUUUUGUUUUUUUAGAUAUAAGAAAAUGGAUAAAGUCCCACAUGAAGAUAUCAGCCUACAAACAGAGAGAGAGCUCACUUCACCAGUCUCCCCAAAAAGGCCAAGGAUGGAUUGUACAGUGACAAACAACCACAGUGGGGGGAGGAGGUUUGACUUUCCUCAGCUUUGGACAUUUCAGAACAACAUAGGCCCCCCAUCAUCAAAACACACCCUGCAGCAAAAUGUGUUAGAAAUGUGCCCAGCGGAAAGCGGGGAUGUUCAAGAUGAAAAACCUCACAAGCAACCACAACACACCAAAUUAAUUGUCACCCCUUUUACCAAGGCGACUGCAGCACACACUGACAAUGUGGAUACAGGAUUGUCUAAAGUCAGUUUUAUUACUACUGAGAGACACCUCCUACAUCUGGGGAAAGAUGAGCAGCCUCCACUUACUGAAACUGACAAGCUCAGCUCAUACCCGCGAGAUGAUGCAGGUGGGGCAUUAGCAGAGUCUCACACUUCAAAAGACACCAGUGCCGACACGUCCAGUCAACCUGAUUGCAGAUGGCUGGGGAAAUCACUUGAAGACAAUCCCCUCGGUGGUUGUUGCUCUCCUGCUGGAAAUGACAAAGAUGGGAGUCAGGUACAAAGUAAUGUCAGUCAAAUCCAAGUAUUCACCCUUAGUUCAAGUGAUGACGAGGUCAGAUGUCAGUCUGAUUGCACUUGUGAAAAUGCUCUACAUGACACAGGUUUCCGUAAUACAUGGAGCCAAUCUGCUGAAUUUAAAGCGAGCAAUCAGACAGAGAACAAGCUCGAAUUUAGUGAGAAUAUCCCUUUCAGCAAGGAAGAGGGAAGCAGUCACAGAUCUCCCUGUGAUUAUCAAGUCGCUAAGUCAUUUUCCUCAAACCCUGAAGACAACCACUCUGGGAACUUGGCCGACUUUUCAGAAAAUGAGAAAAUAAUACCAGAAGUGCAGACUUUUAAGAAAGAAUAUUUUGCCAUCUGCGAGAGAGAAACAAAAGUUAAUAAGAAUAAUAUAUGCAAAAACUUGAUCCCCUUUGUUGCUAAAUGUACAGAGGGGGCUACUGUUUCUGGUGUUAUGGUAUUAGACAGAAAUAUUACGUCUGAAAAUGUGAGUGUUGAAGAUGAUGACUUCUGUGGGCUAAAAGGCAAACAUGCCGCCGGCAAGAUGAUAGCCAAAGCUCAGAGUGAAGCGGCUGAUUACACAACAGAGACUCCAAUGCCUGCAAGAAUCAGCGAAGAGCUUGGUGAAGGAGAUAAUGAUCCAGGCCCUUUUAGUGCAAUUGACCCUGCAAUGAGGAGUGAAACUGUCAAGGAGGCUGACGAGAAAUGCCGUAACUCCGAGAGUACUGCAGCUCUAGAAAGAUCUCCAUCUGUAAAAGUCAGUGAGAGGGAAACACAGGAAGUUUCAGUUCACGACCAAGCCAGGCAGUUAAAUCGCCAAAGCACAACACAGCAGAACAAAGAUAAACAAGACUUAUGUCAGACAUACACAGAGCCUCAAGCAGUUUACUUCCCAGUCAACAAAACCCACGGGAUGUAUGGAAAUGAAAGUAGCUGUCAAUGGCAAUCCAGUCCCAGCAGCAAUCCCCACAUCCCCACAACACCUCCUCCUGCCGGGGAUGGAGGACAUGAAAGUCAUGGGUCUGUGAGAUGUCAUUCGAAGGAGCAGGAUCAAUGUGACCGUUUCACUGUUAGUCUCGACCACCUGAAGACACAACAGGUUGAAUAUUCACAGACUAGAUCUGUCAGAAUGGACGAGUCAACUGAGUUAAAAGAGGGAGUAGACAUAAUAAGUUUUGUCGAACAAAUUAAAUCUGAUGAGAACUUGGAGAAGGAAAUAGAGUCAUUAGAUGAACUUCUGCAAAACAAUGAAAAACAUAAAGUAAACUCAAAUAAAAUAUCAACUGGGGAUUGCAUCAAUGACUGGACAAAAGGAGAAGUGAGUGAAUGUAAUAACAGGUUAACUGUUGUUGAAGAUGAAAGCACAACCGAAGAAAAGAAAAGAAACAAAGUGACGAAUGUUGGUGAGGAAAAUAAAACAUGGCGAGAAAAUUCAGAGGUGUUGGUGAAAAUAGAUGAUGAUCUGCAACAACAAAAAGAUCACAAAAGAGACAUGACUGAACUGUCACAUGUUGAAGGGACAGAGGGCAACGUGAGUAAAAGUGACAACACGUUGAGCCAAGUUAGUCAAUGUGAACAAGGAAAUGAGCUCAGUUGUUUUCUAGAUUUUCAAAAUAGAGCUGAGAUAUUAAUGGUUGAAAGUAAAAAUGACUUUGCAGUCUUAACUUCUGCUUCAGUAAGUGAUGCAGUUGUGCCAUGCCAGAAUGAAUCAAGCCAUUCUCGAAAUGCUAACAACAACACCACUGCCCAAAUCUGUAAUGACAGAUUUUCCCCAGCGCCAUCUGUCUUCACUUUCUAUGACCGGGUGCCUGGGGGUUUUGACACUUUCGAAAAGAUCCGGCUCUCACCAGAUGAUGAUGAUGCUGAUGAUGAUGAUGAUGCUGCCGGCCUGGGCAACAGCCCUCACCUCACCAGCUUGCCUAGGCAGCUGUUGAAAACAUCUGAGCGACAACUUCACCACUCCAUGCCAGGGGCAGAGAGUGACAAGCAUGAGGAGAUACCAGGAGAGGAGGAAGUGGGCAAAGAGAAGGUGGCAAAAUUUCAGUGUCACAGCGACAACAUGGCACAUGAAUGUUUAAGCAGUGACUCCACUUGUAAUGAGGUCCCAAAGUUUAUCUCUAUGACAGAUGUUAUUAUCCUCGGAUGGCCAGAGCAACAGCUUAACUGUGACUCAGCCUGUGAUUCCACUGCGCACAUCCUGGAUGAAUUAAACCCUCAGUCAACCUCCUCCACUGUUUCCGCUGAAAGUGACGGCCCAUCUGAUGUGAACGUCUACCCUGAGUUUGAGAUGAGAAAACAGUACAACAUGGUCCUGAAAGAGUUGAACUUGUUUUUUGACAUCAGUAUAAAUGAUUUUGCAAGCGACAGCAAAGCAUCGACACCAGAUCACUGUAGCGACACUGCUGAAGCCAUGGAGGGUGACGUUUCAAACUGCAAAGAACAUCUCAGCAGCCCAGAACUACAAUGCCACACGUCAUUAGAUGAUGUUGAAGAAGACUCAAGCCUGGAAAUGUCUGGAGGUGAUCCAGUCGUGUCUUGUACCAGUGGCAGCUGUGACGGCGAGCAGGAGGUGCCCCUUGGCAGCCACACGAGCCAGGAAACAUCAAUGGACACUGCAGAGAAGCACAAAGAGCUAGAGGGGACGGAUCAGAGGACAAAAAUGUGGUCUCCGUCCUUCGUGUGUCCAUCAUUGUUUGAGCAACAGUUCCACAGACCGCCAGAGCAGCACAGACGACUGGAGCCUCUGACAACAUGCACACGUCCGAUCAGGGUUGGUCUUUCAAAGAGAGCCAAGACCAAACACCUGCACCAUCCCCACCCCUACAAUUGAGCACGGGAAAUUAAAUGAAGGAUAUGUGUGCAUGAAUGUUAUUGAGGCUCUUAAAUUCCUCCUUUGUUGCCAUGUUCAAAAGCUGAGAUGUUGUUUCUGAUUUUCAGUAUAUUGUGUAUGGCCUAUGCAUUUUAACUACAGUUUUACCUCGAGAGAGUUGUCUCCACAAAGGCUGUGUCAUAUGUACAUAUUUACUUGUAUUCUCACAUAAAGCUGGCUGCUUUUUUCCCUUUGAUUAGCUCAGCUGCAACUGUUGAGAGAAUAAGUGUCUCCAAGUUUUUCCAGCUAGAAUGAUGAGCAGAUUUUAAACAUUAACCCCAAUAUUUAUAUAUCUAUUAUAUUUAUAUUAAUUUAUUUAGAUUAUUUCCCUCCCUUUCAAUUCUCAUGGGUUUCAGCCAUAUGUGUUUUUAUACUUCUAUUUACACACUAUUAAUAUUAAUAUUUACACAAGUGCAGUGUUUAAAACAUUUGCCAUUAUAUGCAGGUUUAGUAUAUUGGUACUCAUGCAUUGGAUUGUAGGUGUAUUGAUACAAUAUGCUACUGGUUCCUCUGAUGUGUGGGUGUAUUCAGUUAUUCAGUAUGUUCUGUAUUAUUAAAUGAGUUCACAUGUAGUGCAUGCAGUAUCCUAAAGCAGUUCUGUGGGAGGUUUGCUGGAGUUUCAUUUCAAAAAGCUUUUGCCCUUU